GUUUAAAGCAAGCCGCAAGCCGUUUAAAGCAAGCUACAGUAGCUGCGCUGAAUGUCAUUUCAUCGUCGGAAGUCGACUUACACUACGAAGUUAGAAACACGGAGCGCUACUUCUACCGCAGAGGACUUGGGUCUACUCCUGUGGAAUCUCUAAGUUGCCGAAAUGGCGAACUGCGGUGGCAAAACUAAUUCAAUUGUUCUGAAGAGCCCUAUCGGGAACGUGCUUGUGGAAUACUGUGGACGAGGAGUUCAUGCUCUAAACUUGGAUGACAAAGUUCGGGAUGAUUCAUUUUUGCCUGGCCCAAAGCAAAGAGUCGUCGUUGAAGGAAAAGAGAACCAGAAAGCGAGUAAAGAUAACAUAAGGGACGCUUGCAUUACUUGGCUGGAUACUUAUUUCCAUGAGCCAUCCAAACUGUCGCAAAUCGCUCGGCCCACUUUGUGCCUAGAUGGCACGACGUUCUCAAACAACUGUUGGGUUACGCUUCCGGAACUAGCCGAUUUUGGAAAAGUGGUUUCGUACACGGAAUUGGCCGCUGCUGCUGGAAACGAGAAGGCCAUUCGCGCUGCAGGGGGGAGCGAUGCGUAAAAAUCCGUGCAUGCUGUUGGUUCCAUGUCACCGUGUUGUCACCAAGGAUGGGAUGUUGGGUAAGUUUUCGGGUGGAACGCGUCAACGGGUCAAGGAAUGGCUGCUGCGCCAUGAAGGUCACACGCGUUUCUCUGUGUAAGGAGGUCCGCGGGCCCAGUUACGGAGUGGCCAUGUGCACAAUCCCACCAAAAUCUGCCAUACCGGCCCAUACGUCGGCAUGGGGUUUUUGAGUACAGUAGUUUUUCUCUUAUGUCUUGGUUGGCGCUUAGCAGUCGGCGAUGUUUGUGUACAAAUGUUUCAUGAAAUCUCGAUUAUGGACCAAUCUUACUUAAGCUUUCAAUUUUAAUCAUCAGCUUUGUACAUAUUAUGCUCGACUGCUUUUUUGACGAUAGUUGUGAAUUGUGAAGCUGUAAACUGAUUUGAUUUCGAUGCUGUCCUAUAAUUCAUGAAUGGACAAGAUAAAUUUAUUUCUACUUUCCGAAACUAAAUUUAACAAUAGAACUCUGUGG